CAUCAUCGUACCUCACCAUCGACCACAAAGACAAAAUUCAAAGACAAAACAUAGUUGACAGGGCAAAGUCGAAGUGAACUCAGAGUCAACUCGGCAACAAUUCGAAUGACUGGCGAGCACCGUGCACGUUCCAUAGAGUCACGCAGCGAAAACUCAGAAACUAGCGAGACAGAUGUCAGUCGAAGGAGUGAUCAUACCUCCGAAAGCGUUCGUACGGCAAUCCUCGCUGUUCCCUUCAAUGGCAAUAAUGGAGCAAGUAACGCAAGUAGCAGCCCAGUCACGAAUGCAAAACCUUCUAUUUCGUUCACGAACAGUGCGAAUUCUCUAAGUCGAGCUGGUCUGCUUCACCCAAGGGUCCACCGCGCCAAUUUGGAAGAUAAUCCCAAAUCAUCCCCAGUUACCGAGAACCCGUCCCCAGGUCCUCAUCUCAUGGAUGCCGCGAGAAGGCGUCCCAGUUUCCUGCACCGAACCAGUACAGCUUCGACAGGGUCCCUCCCUCAAUCUUUUAGAAGUCAAAUCGCGCCUAAUUUUGAUUCCCAUCCACACACCAAAGUUCAGAGUCAUAAUCAAGAUGACAUACGCUCGCGCACCAUGCAGUUGUCUGAGAUGAUGCUCUCUGCAACGAGUUUCCAACAUCCUCUGCUUGACAACGUGGACGUGCCGGAGUUUGUACUCUCUACAGGCCCCGAUGCCGCGCCUCAGCUCGAGGGUGACCCCCAUACACAGAACAUAGCUGCAAACCUUGAUGCCGAUCUUUUCCCUUACAAGUCCGGUCUUUCGAUGAUGUUGAAGCGCCAAAGCCCUUCAAAUUCUUCUCCCAGUACUCCUGCUACCCCUACCGAUCGUACACCUGCACAUGAUGAGCAAGUUCUCCGCUCGGGAUCACCGACACCUGUGCCUACCAGAUUACAUUCUCCGGGGCCCGACAGCCCGUCGAAUAGAGUCAAUUUCCAUAUUCCAAUCGGCGAGCCGAAUUCUUCCCCAUCACGACAAAGAUCUAUAAAGUGGGAUCCCAGUCUAGACACCCAGCCAAGUCGACCGGCUCAUCAUCCCAUGCCCAGGUCGCCUCCCCCUGAUCCAGAGUCACAGCCGCUUCUAUCGACAUUGAGGCUUCAUCCCCAUGAUUCGCACUAUGGAACGGUAGUGCCUUCCCCGACUCUAGUGGCAACACCGGAUAUGAAAAAGCUUUCUCCGAGGUGGUUAUGGUCUAAAGUUGUGAAGAAGGCGGCGCAGACGCUCGCGUUGCCCAGUACGGUCAAAGGAAUGAACUUCCAGGAUGUGGGGAAGCAGGCUGUGGCGUCCUUGCCUGCCGUGAUGUUGGGGUGUUUAUUGAAUAUCUUGGAUGGGGUUUCCUAUGGAAUGCUCAUCUUCCCCACGUCAGAACCAUUCACGGACUUGGGUCCGAUGGGGGUUUCGUUGUUUUUUAUAACAGCCGUCGUGGCUCAGUUCGUGUAUGUCUUGGGUGGGAGUGGGUUCGGUGGAGCGAACGGGAGUAUGAUGAUUGAGGUCGUCCCGUUUUUCCAUAUUUUAGCGCAAACUAUUGCGUCUGAGAUCGGAGUGGAGAGGGGCAGGGAGGUUAUAGCUACGACGCUUGCGGCUUAUGCAAUUAGUAGUUUGUUGACAGGUCUGGCGUUCCUUCUUUUAGGCGCGUUGAAACUAGGAGUGAUUAUUGGUUUUUUCCCGAGACAUAUUCUCGUGGGGUGCAUCGGAGGUGUUGGUGUGUUUUUGAUUCAAACUGGGCUAACUGUUUCUCUCCGGAUACCUGACGACAACUUUGCGUAUAAUUGGGACUUGUUCAAGCUUUUGUUCUUAGAUACAGGGAAGUUGGUCCUUUGGGUUGUGCCGGCUGGCUUGGCGUUGCUGUUGAGGUUGAUAACUAUGAGGUGGAAGGGGCAGUUGGUUUUCCCCAUCUACUUUGUUAUCAUCCCGAUCGUAUUCUACGUGAUCGUCGCUGCUGCUCGACUUGAUCUGAACGAGUUGAGGCGUGAUGGAUGGGUUUUUGACGUAGGAGGCGGUGACCGGAAUUGGUGGGAGGUUUAUGGGUAUCUUGACAUCAAGUUGAUUCACUGGGGUCCGCUUUGGGCUACGCUGCCCACGCAGUUUGCUUUACUGUUCUUCAACAUCCUUCAUCCACCGUUGAAUGUCCCUGCCUUGUCGGUGUCAUUGGACCAGGAUAUUAACACCAACAAAGAACUCGUAGGACAUGGAUACUCGAAUUUACUUGCUGGGGUCGUUGGAACUAUCCCGAACUAUUUGGUAUACGUGAACACUCUACUAUUCUACCGCGUCGGCGGAAACACCCGUAUCGCCGGGUUUCUGUUGGGAGUCGUCAACAUGGUGUUGUUGUGGAUCGGAGCGGGGCCGAUAAGGUAUCUACCUGUUUGUAUGGUUGGGGCGUUAAUUUUCGUGCUUGGGUGGGAUUUGGUGAAGGAGGCUGUUUGGGAUACGAGGGGAAGGGUUAGUAGGACUGAGUUCAUAACCAUUGCGAGUAUCAUGGUAGCAAUGACUGUUUGGAAUUUUGUUAUUGGUGUGUUGUUUGGGAUUAUUGUGAGCUGCUUCUUCUUCGUCAUCCAGAAUUCGCAGGGGAGAAGUAUCCGCUCGUUGCACACCGGGGAGACGGUUAUGUCGACGGUGCGAAGGCCAAGUUCGCAGAGAGCGUAUAUAAAGGAGGUAUCGAAGCAGACGACUAUACUCCGAUUGCAAGGAUUCCUCUUCUUCGGAACGAUCACAUACGUUGAAGAGGCUAUACGAGAAGUUGUCGAAGGCCCAUCGUACGAACAAAAUCCUGUCCGGUUUUUGGUUUUAGAUCUAGCGCUAGUGGCUGGGUUGGAUAUGUCUAGUGCAGAGGCGUUUGUUCGUGUGCAUAGGUUAUUGAGACAAAAGGGGAUCACGAUGGUGCUUUGUGGGUUUGGAGUCGAUAGUGAGAUGGGUAGGGCGUUGAGGAGUGUGGAAGUGCUUGAGGCGGAGGGUGUUGAGUUGUUUGAAGGGUUUGGGGAUGCGAUCGAGUGGACGGAGAAUUGUUAUUUGAGAGCGUGGUUCAGAGCACAGAAAGAGCUAGUGCUUCCGUUCGCUUUACCUGGAAGGCAAGACACAGAUCCACUUUCUCCUGGUUCUCACACUAGCGCUGCAACAUCCCCUCGUCGAUCCCAUCUAAAUGACGUUGGGUUUAGGACGAUCGCGAACGAUAUUCCGCCACCAGCUACCGCCGAGGCGCAUCCGGAACCUUACAACACCCUUGUCAAAGUCUUCUCAUCCUUCGGUGGUAUCAGUUCUGACGAUAUCCUCACCUUAAUGACGUACCUCCAACGGAUGUCUCUUCCUGAAGGCCACGUUCUUUGGAAGCAAGGGGACGAGUCGGAUGGGCUGUAUUUCAUCGAAAGUGGUGUUUUGAGAGCAUCUUAUUGCUUCUCCAUGCACAGUCCGGCUGUGGAGGAAUCGAUGGUGUCCGGUACGCUUGCGGGAGAGUUGUCGGCGUUGAGUGAUUUGGAGAGGAAUGCGACUGUUUGGGUGGAGAGAGAUGCGGUUGUGUGGAAGUUGAGUAGAGGGGAGUUCGUGAGGCUGGAGAGGGAGAAUCCGGGACUUGACAUGGUUGUGUUUAGGAUGGUAUUGAAAUCUGCGAAGGUGGAUCAUGAUAUUUUGUUGUCUGCUUUGGCGACCAGACAGUAGAGAUGUCUGUUUAUACUAUAGAGUAAAAUCGGUCUAGAGGCGGUGCUGACAUUAACGCUUUCGAGUAUACUCAUCUGAAGGGCACCAUAUAUAGAUUCAUGUCAGUUGGUCUAGAGAAUGAUUAGCUGACUAUAAGUAACUCAGGUACAGUAGGUCUUCGAUUCCUACAUAUACGGACCGGCACCCGCCAAUUACCUUGCAAAUCCCCC